AUGACUCAACAAGGCUCUUGUAUGACAACAAGAUACAUCAUCAAGGACAUGGCCACUCUACAAGCACUUCCAAUCGAGCUGCUAGAAUAUAUCUGCCAGGCACUUGGCGGCCACGAACUACGUCAAGGCAAAGGCAUACCAAGACUAACACUCUUCCGAAAGUGGUAUACAGCAGCCAAACCAGUCUUCCUAACAGGACAUGAUCUCGAGACCAUCCGGAUCUACGGAAAUACACUACCAGAACUGCACAAUGGCAAAAGGAGCCCAACGGGAGACCGGUCUCUCAUGCACGAGCACACUCGUAAACUGCAUCUCCGUAUCCCUGGCUACUGGUGGGACGAGGCCUCGUCUCGGGAAUUCGAAGAUCUCGUGACUAAUGAAGUCGAAGAUACCAGUUUAUACGACUUCUCCGGGCGGGGAGAAGCCCAAGAUGCUGCACCUGAGGGCACGAUCUCACCCAUAACGGGGGUCCUGCACAACGAACCUUGGAAAGGAUGGCGAGCCCGGGUCAUAACACCAGCCCUCAAUGAACUGUACGCCGACCUUGAGAACUUCUCCACGCUCAAAACCUUCGUUUUCGAAGCAUGGCCAGCCAAGGGCAUCACACCACCGUAUAUCUACGCCAGCACUAUCCGUACUCUUUGUCAGCAUCUACCUCUGAGCCACGACUUGACGGACCUGACUCUCGAUAUCUUCGGAUUCGGUAUUGUUCGCACCGGAGGGAGCAACCACGGCUGCGAAAGCGGUACAUGCCGAUCACUUGGCUCUAUCUGGCCACGCGUGAAGCAUGUGCGGAUCAGGCUCAAGCGGUACUGCGAAGUCCUCUUCUCCACAGCUCAGACCCUCAGCAAAACCGAUAUCCGCUGCCACAGCUUCAUUCUCAAGUUGCACCAUCCUGCACUCGAGGACCAGCCACAAACAUCCCAGCACUGUGUUCCAGGGGGCUAUAUGACAAGCCACAAACUACCCGACAUCAUGGUCACAUCAGCUCAGAAGUAUCUCUCGUGGAUCUCCGCUGACGCAGAUCAAGCACAUGCAGCUGGGGCGGAAAUUGUACUCCCCACGCUCAUGCGUGUAUCUUAUGCACGGUCCGCUAACAUUGUGACUGCCGACUGUCUCACCAUGCGGGUCCUCAGCCAACUAGAAGAAUUCUUCGUGUAUGAGGACGAUGGUAUGCCGAGCUGGUACGAGACGAGAAAGGAUCUUGUAGAUUGUGGUGAAUUUCUACCAUGCGGGAAGAAAGCGAGACGGACGUGA